AGCUACUAUGUCCUGUCCUGUAUCUAGAUCACUUCUCCUACUGCUCCAGUUAAUCCCCAUCUCUCUCUCAACUACUGCGACACCGAAGGGCCGGCGGUGACCAGCGGCGACUGACUGCUCUGCUCAGUGCUCACGGCGGCGGCGGCGGCGGCGGGGAGCCGUGGAGAACGAGCUGCCUCGCGUGAUAGGAAGGAGAAAAAGCCUGUGGAAUAUUGCAUUUAUACUCUUGCGGGAUACUGUUGGAUUCUGUUUGGGGGAAAGUGGGAGUUAUGCAGAUAAAAGAAAUAGGAUGCUUCUAGAAGUACUGGAUGCUUAAAUUAUAAAUAUUGUUCUUGCUUGGGAUUGCCUUGAUACUGGCAGAAUGUCAAGGGUGCCAAAAUGGAAGAUUGAGAAGGCCAAAGUUAAAGUUGUAUUCCGUCUCCAAUUCCAUGCAACUAAUAUUCUAUCAACAGGAUGGGACAAGCUAUUCUUGUCCUUCAUUUCUGCUGAUACAGGAAAGGUAACAGCAAAAACAAAUAAAGCAAAUGUGAGAAAUGGAAGCUGCAAGUGGCCAGAUCCUAUUUAUGAAGCAACACGACUUCUUCAGGAUUCUAGGACUAAAACAUAUGAUGACAAGCUCUACAAGCUUGUUGUGGCCAUGGGGACUUCUCGGUCUAGUAUUCUUGGGGAGGUUGAUGUGAAUCUUGCCGAAUUUGCAGAAGCACUGAAGCCUGUUUCAAUCGCACUUCCUCUUCGCGGUUGUGACUUCGGGACAGUAUUACAUGUCACAGCACAACUCCUCAGCACCAAAACUGGCUUCAGAGAAUUUGAGCAGCAAAGGGAAACUGGUGCCAGAAGUUCUCAGCAGCUAGUGAACCAAAGAAGUCACGAUCCUUCUGAAGUUGCUGUUGCUUCAUCAGAAAUUGGUAGUGAUAAGGCUAAUGCAAGGAAUAAGCUGAAAGACACUUCUUUGGGUUUCCCGUUGGCGGAAGAUUCUGCUGGUUCAACUGAAGACUAUGAAAAUUCAUCACAUAAUUCAGAUGGUUAUUUUGCUGAAAAGAAUGAUCCAUAUGGCGGUCAUGAAAUCAGUAGCUUUAGGAGCAUACACUCAGGUGAUCUACCACUGUGCCCAACAAGUCAAAGCCCUACAUCAGAGAAGGGCCCACUUCGGGAUAAGCGCCUUUCACCACAAGGGAGCAGUGAUUGGUCUCAUGGAUGGAGUCCUGAGUUAUCUGCUGGUCACGAUCUCGCUGCUGCUCGUGAGGAGAAUAAUCGACUCAGGACCAGAUUGGAAGUGGCCGAGUCAGCCUUUUCUCACCUUAAGUCAGAAGCAACAUCUCUGCAGGAUGUUACUGACAAAUUAGGCACUGAAACUCAGGGCCUAACUAAACAGCUAGCUGUUGAACUUAUGUCACGUAACGAGCUCACCACAGAAGUAUCCUUCCUAAGGACAGAAUGUUCUAAUUUGAAAAGAGAGCUGGGAGAAAUGAAAUCUGAUAAGCUCUUGCGGUAUAAGGCUGACGGACAAGUUCCUCUUAUGACAACUGCAGAACAAGAUAAUACUUUAAGUAAGUUUGGAAAUGGCGGUCUUGCUACAAACAGUCCAGCACAUGAUCUCCAAACUGAAUGGCUUAAAGGCCUGCUGCUUCUUGAAAGUAAAGUGCAGCAGACCAGAAAUAAUGCUCUCCAUGGACUUCAAGCAAGUGAUCUUGAUUUUCUUCUUGCUGAUUUGGGGGCUCUUCAGCGUGUCAUUGAGAACUUGAAGCAAGGUGUUCAGCCUGAACAUAUGAAAGAAGAUAACUAUCUUGAACAUUUUCCACCGUCAAAUGCCGCACAUCAAUCAAGCUCAGGACAUGAUUCCCACAAGAAAAACUCAGGCACAAUGGAGGAGAAAAUGUGUGAGCUCUUGCAGAAAUUAGAGGACUCAAAAACCGAGAAGGAGAAUCUACUGGAGAAGAUGAGCCAGAUGGAGCGCUACUAUGAAUCUUUUAUCCUCAAGCUCGAGGAAAGCCAGAAGCAUACAGCAUUUGAAUUGGAAAAUCUCAGGAAAGAACAUAAUUCCUGUUUCUAUACAGUUUCUGUCCUCCAAGCCCAGAAGCAGAAAAUGCAUGAGGAGAUGAAUGAUCAGUUAAUGAGGUUUGUUGAGGACAGAACAGCUUUAGAAGCUCAAAAUAAGGAGUUCGAGAGGAGGGCUGUUGCUACAGAAACUGCACUCAAGAGGGUUCGAUGGAAUUAUUCGGCAGCUGUUGAUCGUCUACAGAAAGACCUCGAGUUACUGUCCUUUCAGGUUCUUUCUAUGUAUGAGUCAAAUGAAACUCUUGCAAAGCAAUCCAUUAUAGAAGAUACUGAGAGUCUCCCUGAAGAACAUUCUACAAUAGCAAACUUAUGCGGUAAUAAAGAACAUGAGCAAGACAGGUCUGUUGUCAAACAACUUGGACAUGAAGGUCUGCAUGCGGCAACCGAAUCUCAAGUGUUCUCUGCUGAAAAUGGUGCAUCAUGUAAUUUCAGCUACAAAAUGGAUGGCCAGAAAAAUCUCCUCCGGGCUCUCAAAAUUGAAGAACUGCGUAGCAGAUCUGAAGUCCUAUGUAGUACUGAUUCAAGGGUGAACUGCUCCAACAUCGAAGGACUAAAAGUUGCUUGUUCUGCAGUGGAAUCUGAACAUUUAGAAAUGUAUGUUGCUAAUAUUGAGUGGCAGGUAUUCUCUGAUGUGUUACGUGAAUCUCACUAUACCGCACUAGAUAUGAUUAAGCGAAUGCAGGAAAGGCUUCACAUGCUAGAAAAACAACUUCAUGACUCUAAUGAUGCUAGGAAUUCUUUAGUGAUCAAGCUGAACUCUGCCUUGGACCAAUCCAAAAGUUUAAAAGAAAGUGAAGCAGGAUACAUUUUAAAGUGUGAUGAUUUGACAGUGAAGAACCAAAUUUUAGAAGCAAAAUUGCAAGAUAUUUCAGUUGAAAAUGCCUUGUUUACGGAAAAGCUUGUUGUAUCUGAAAGACUUGUUGAGGAACAUAAAGCUUGCACCGAAGAAAGGAAGAGGUUCGAGGACCUUUUAUUGAAAGAAAGUCUGCAAACAAGUCAGCUUAAGGAUGAGCUGAGAUUAGUAAUGGAGGAUUUUGAGGCAAUGAAAGAUGAAUUACAUAAGCAGUCCUCCUUAAUCAAUGAUCAGCAAAUUGUUUCUACAACAGUUCAAGAGCAAAUGAGCAUCCUAUGCUCCAAACUUAUUCCUUUGAGUAAGGAUAUGGGCAUUUCAGGAUUUGAUGAGGCAUCUCUGCAACAUGAACUUAAGAACAAGAAUUACCCUGCUGUCAUAUUAAGUUUGGAUAUCUUCCAGCAGCAAGCAUGCCAGAAGGUGCUUCAUCUCCUUCAGGAAAAGGAGGCACUGGAAGAAAUGUGCGAUGUUCUUCGAAGGAGAUCGGGAAAUUCUGAAACAGAAUUGCUUGACGUGAAGCAGAAGUUUCAAUGUGAUUUGGAUGGAACAAAAGAAAAGUUGAACAUUUCUGAGGAACAUGUGGAGAAGCUUGAGCAAGCACUGCAGGAAAUGAAACAUAAAUUUAAUAUUAUCUCAGAGGCUCAAGAAAAGCACUCCAGUACCAAUGGUAACUUAACAUCAAAGCUUGCACAAAUGGAAGUUGAGCUGCAGAUUGUCACCAGUGAGAAUGAGACUCUCGUUGAAAAGAUGAGAGACAUUGCUGCUGUUGUUCAGGAACUUGAGAGGACCAAAGUAAGUCUUGCAGAAUUCGAGGAAGAUAACAAAACUUUGGCCCUGUCUUUACAGUCUAAAGAGGAAGUGUUGGUGCAUAUGGUCAAUGAAAAUAGAGGUUUGCAAAAUGGCCUCAGUUGUGCUGAUGAGAAUUUGCUAAAAGAAAAGAGAGCGAGGGAAGAUCUUGAAUCUGCCCUUGCAAGUCUUACAUCUCAACUUAUCGAGAAGGAUCAGGUUCUGCUGUCUUUCAGUGAGGACAAAUCAGAGUUACUUCGUCUGGGGGACCAGAUUUUAGGCCUGGAAAAAGAAAACAGUUUGAUGCAAAAUGCUCUUUCAAAAAGUGAACAAAUCCAAAGGGAUCUGAUCUGUAAGAAUUGCUCUCUUCACUCCCAGCUUUCCAAUGCUGAACGUCAGCUAGGGACAGUUCUGGAGGACAUGCUUGCCACCGACACUGAAGCUAGCUAUAUGAGAAGUCAUGUUGAGGAGGUUGCUGCCCAACUUGAUGUCUUAAGAAAUGACCUUGGGAAGCUUCAGCAAGAGAACCAAGAUGCUGACAAAUUAUUAAGGGUGCACAUGUUGACUGAAGCAGAAUUAACUGAUAGAAAUGCCACACUUCAAGCAGCUAUCCAUUCUCUAGAAAUCAGCCUUACCAGGGUUAAUCAAGAGAAGGAAGGACUUGAAGAGAUUAUGAAACGAAAUGAAGAAGCAUCUGCUCAAGUUAGCGAUAACAAGUCCCGAGAUACAUCCGUAUCAAUAGAUAAUUGUGAUACAGUAUUGAAGUGUCAAGAUGAGGUUUUGCAGCUUAGGGCCGUGCAGACAAAUCUUCAAGAACAGGUUGAUGAUCUGACAUCAAUGAAAGAUGAGGUUGAAAUUCUAAAUGUGGUUCUGAAAUCAAAAUUGGAGGAACACCAUACGGAGAUGUCAUCAUUGCUACAAGAUUCUGGAUACCAGUUGACAAAAUUAAAAGAACAGAAUAAGGAGCUUACUCAAAAACUUGCUGAACAAACUCUCAAGGCAGAAGAGUUCAAGAACCUUUCUAUCCAUUUGAGAGAGCUAAAAGAGAAGGCUGAAGCUGGAAGAAAGGAGAAAGAGGGAUCAUUGUUUGCGAUGCAAGAAUCCCUUCGAAUUGCAUUUAUUAAAGAGCAAUAUGAAUCGAAGGUUCAAGAGCUGAAAAGUCAGGUGUUUGUCUCUAAAAAGUAUUCUGAAGAGAUGUUACUGAAGCUGCAAAGUGCUUUGGAUGAGGUUGAAACUGGGAGAAAAAAUGAGAUUGCUCUUGCUAAAAGAAUUGAAGAGCUAUCGAUGAAAGUUUCUGAAUUGGAAGUCGAGAUGCAGGAUUUAUCUGCUGAUAAAAGAGAGUUGUCUAAUGCAUAUGACAGCAUAAUGACGGACUUGGAAUGCACAAAAUUAAACUUUGAUUGCUGCAAAGAAGAAAAACAAAAGAUUGAGGCCUCUCUUCAGGAGUGCAGUGACGAACGCAACAGAAUUAGGGUGGAGCUUGACUUAGUUAAAAAGUUGCUGGAGAAUAUUGCAUUGACUGACAAUAUCACAUCACCUGGUAAUUCUGGAUCAUGCACCCCUGGUGCCACAUCUAUUGGUCAAAUUCUUGGAGAUGUGACUUCUGGCUCUGCGCCAGAGUUAAUACCAAAUACACCAAAUGUUGAUUCAGGAUUGAAUGAAGAUGAAGGUGGAAUUCAGAGCACAAAAUUUUCAUCAAAUAUAAAAGAAUCCGAGGAUGCUGGAAGUGAGCAUCCACAUGCCAAGAGUACACUGUCAAAGAACUUGGAGAAUUGCCAUAAGGAAUGUGAGCCGUCAUCAGAGAAUCAUAUGAUUGUCAACAGUGCCAUCAAAGAUAUUUCUAAGGAGCAUAAGAAAUUAGCUAAUGAUUUGAACCUUUUCCAGAAGGAGCUGGAAAGACUUAAAAAUGAGAAUCCGUCCCCUCUUCUUCCCCUUGAUGUUAAUCUAAUUGAUCCAUCACUCAGUGGACUGGAAAGGGCAUUAUCACAGCUUGAUAUGGCAAAUGAACAUUUGCGACGGAUUUUCCCCUCAUUUAAAGAGCUUCCUGGUUCUGGCAAUGCCUUGGAAAGAGUGCUUGCUUUGGAGCUCGAGCUGGCAGAAGCACUCCAAGCAAAGAAGAAGACAGACAUUGUUUUCCAGAGUUCAUUUUUGAAGCAACACAAUGAUGAAUCAGCGGUUUUCCAAAGCUUCAGAGACAUCAAUGAGCUUAUACAGGAUACAAUUGAGUUGAAGAGAAGGCAGGUGGCUGUCGAGAGUGAGCUAAAAGAUAUGCAAGGCAGGUACUCGGAGCUCAGUGUGCAAUUCGCCGAAGUGGAAGGAGAAAGGCAGAAGCUUGCAAUGACCCUGAAGAACCGUUCACCCAGAGAAUCAUAUUCAUAGGAAUCAAAGAGGAAAUGGAAGAAAAAGAUAUGUUAGCCGGUCGUUGACUUUGUAAACGAUCUCCUGUGACGUUGAGGAAAUACAUUUUGCGAUGUAAAUAUCAGUAGCAUAUCAUCAUCUGGAACCAAUUGUAGAGCUGUAUGUGAUAUCCGUAAAGAUGUAACAUCUUUGUACAAACCCUCCUUCUGACACAAUCUUGUUAACUAAUUGUUAGUACAUGCCAAUAACCAGCAGACUUAUUCAAGGGUCGAUUUCACAUCUGUUGGCUA